AUGGCGCUCCUCGUCCACCGUGCGGCUCCCUUGAAGCCCGAGAUAAAGCUCGCUCAAGCUCUGUCCGAGUUCGAAGCUAUUCUGCAAGGCACCGAUAAGGAACAAUUUCGCUCCUUGCGAUCCGGCCAGCCGCCUGUCGUGGCAGAUGUGAUGAAAGUCACUGCCGCCGUCGACAGCAAAAACAGCCAUCGAAGGAGCCGUCGCUGCUUUGGUCCCCGUCUGACUAGCGUCUUGGAAUCCGUCCAGCAUUUCUCAACCGUUGUCGAUAUCAUCGUCGGCGGCUCUCAGUGCUUCCUUGCCCGCGCCAUCUGGGGUACCUUGAGGAUGACUCUGCAAAUCACGUCCUCCUUCGCGUCAUACUUUGAGAACUUAUCAGCAUUGUUCAUGAGAGUCGGACGAGCAUGCCCCCGAUACCAGGAGUAUGGUCUGCUGUACCCGAAGUCUUCCAGGUUGCAAAAGGCUCUGUGCGAAUACUUCUGCACAAUUGUCGUUUUGUGCAGGAAGGCCGUCCUAUUCAUCAGGAAGCCGUUCGUGGCUCAGCUGUCGUCUGCGAUUUUGAGCCCUUUUCGCACGGAAUUCGGUACAUGUGAGAGCCAGUUGACAGAGCUGGCCGCUUCGAUUCGUGAGGAGGCUUCGCUGGCAUCGCGCCACGAACUCAGCAAUGAGGCCAAAGAAGCCUCAUCUUUCCGCACCGCAAUCUCGAGCAUAAUAGCUCCACAAGACCUCCAAGAAGCCAGGAGAAUGAAGGGCCAGAAGAGGAAAUGGCAAUUCCUGCUGGCAUGCUCAAAUUACAACCAUCAGGCUCCAUGGAAACGAGCUCGAAAAGCGGGAACAAGCUCUCGGAUCGUCGACCAGGCCGUCUACAAGCAAUGGGCCGAGGAACCUUCACCAAACGCGUUGUGGUGCAUUGGUAAGCUCGGAUCAGGGAAAACUGUCUGCACGGCCAGCUUAGUGCAGGAAACAAUCAUCAGGUAUCCAGACGCUCUUGUUGCCUACUUUUUCUGCAGUUAUCAUGAUGCAGAGUCCCUCAACGCGAGGGCCAUACUGGGCAGCCUUGUGAGGCAGAUACUCAGUUUUCUCAACCACGAGGCUUUCGAUAUCAUUGCGGUCCCCGACCCAAGCAUCUUCGAUGAGGAUGACAUGACGACGCUCCUGUUGACGCUCCUUUCUGCUAGGGCUCGGCAGCUCUUCAUUCUUAUCGAUGGGUUAGACGAGUGCACCGAAAGCGAGUUAGGCAAGCUGUUGGCAAGCCUACACACGAUGCUUCGUUCGCGCCAUCGCUUUCACCUGUUCUGUUCAAGCCGGCCUGACUUGCACCCAAAGUACCGUGCAAUCCUCCAACCUCAAUACGAAGUAUUCUUGUCGGAUGAAAAUCCCGAAAUCGCGCAGUACAUUGAGACCGCGCUCGGAGACCGGCUCGAAGCAGGAAUGUCGAUUGCUGCCUCGUGGGGGAACCAAGAAAUCCUCAAGUUACUGCUUGAACAGGAUGGCCUUGACGUCAAUUGCAAAAACGAUUACGGAAAUACCGCACUCACUUUGGCUGCGUUUCUCGGUUACGAGCAAAAAGUGGCGUUACUACUGACUCGGGACCAGAUCGACGUGAAUUCAAGAAAUAAUAAAGGCUUCACUGCACUCAGUGCUGCCGUACAGACCGGUCGGAAAGGUGUUGUCGAACAAUUGCUUCAACGAAAAGACGUUGACGUAAACUCAAGAGAUGAGGAGGGAUCAACCGCACUACAUCUGGCAGUCACAGACUUGGUAUGGCGUAGUUAA